CAUUUGAAUGACACAUGCAGUUUAGCGUUUAUGAAAACGGCAUGAAAUCACAGUGUGGAGGUUGUGGUACGAAAUAUGAAAGUACAUUCGUUAAUGAUUGAAGACAUCUUUGACAACUUAAAACCGGAGUUUUUUUUCACUUAUAUGAAGAAUAUUUUGCUGUGGUAAAACCUUUGAAUCCUUAGUAAUGUUAUUGAGACGUUUCUUUGUUGUUACUUAUUUAUUGUUGGUAUUUCAUUUGAUCUUCGUGUUAUCAUCGAGAGAAAUAAGACCACGAAGAAGUCCAACACCACUUCCACCAUCAGUAAAUUGUCAAGUUUCGCCGUGGACGGAAUUUAGUGCUUGCAGUACAAAAUGUGGCAUUGGAACAAGAACUCGUCGUCGUCACAUCACGACAAAUCCUGCUCACGGGGGGUCCCCAUGUCCUUCUUUAGAAGAGUCUCGUCAAUGUGUAAUUCGCCCCGGCUAUGAACUUCAAGCUGAUGGUAAAUCAUGUGGUGAUAUAGACGAAUGUAAAAGAAAUGGUGGUUGUAUAAAUUCCAACUGUAUAAACACAGAUGGUAGUUAUUGGUGUGACUGUUUAUCUGGUUAUAAACAAUCAGAAAUAACUCCACACAAGUGUGAACCUAAAUCAUGUUCACCAUUGAUCUCACCUCCAUGUCCGUCAAAUGCAUAUCAUGAUGAGUUUGGAACAGCCUGCAAGCCUGCACGCAUCAGUUGCCCACACGGACAUGAAUAUUUGAAAUUCUGUUCCAUUGACUGUGAUGGCAAUUUCAAACUAGCUGUCAUUGAAUCAACAAACAUCCCUAACGCCUUCGCUAGAAACUUCCUUGGGAUAAAUUUCAACGUAUCCAUUGAGAGGGCUCAAUGUAUAUUGGACGGUAACACCGAGAAUGUUGCUUGGGACUGGGACCCAAUUGCUGUACCCUAUUACUGCAGGAGAGAAAACGAUCCACCUUUACAUAUACAUUUCUCGAGAGCUUAUAUCAAUGAGAAAAUGAGCAUUUUUACCAUUGUCGGCUUUUUCUAUGCAUACGAUUUUCAAAAUGAUCCCUUGACGUUCACAAUAAUGAAUGCGGACGCAAAUUUUAUUUUCUUGUUCAAGGAAGAGCAUUGUUGGUAA